CUCUACUCCACACCAACACCGGGAGCAGAACGCUCAAAUAGUGACGACGACGGCGACGACGACGACGACGACGACAUCUGGGUACCACCGGCACAGGCCGACAUCUUCGACGAUAAUCUGCCAUCGCACGCGCAUGCGCAUGCGCCGGCUGCAACGCAGGAUUGGCGGUUCGGGCGCGUGAGCGUCCAGACAGUGAGCCGCGGCAGUCCAAGCGGAAUCAUGGCAGGCGAACAGCAGGCAGAACCUGGGGCUGCGCCAUCUCUCGGACCGACACUCGGAUCUGGCAACAGGGCCGAGUAUGUCCCUCUACAUACGAAGAACACAGAACUAGGGUGGGGAAUCGUUCAUUUCUACCGAGAAGGGGAGGAGUCGCAGUGGGUAACGAGAGGCAACAAUAACAGCAACGCGGCGGCGGCGGCGGCGGCGGCGGGUGGCGGCGGUGGUGGUUCAGCCGACAAUGAAGGAGAGGGAGACUGCACUACGCUGUGCAUACCGGCCGUGCCGGCUUGGAUGACUCCCAGUGACUUUCUGGGCUUCAUCGGUGAGCGGUGGCAGGACGAUAUCGGCCACUACCGUAUGGUGAUGACGUCCAAGAUGAACAAGUAUCUCGCCCUGCUCAGGUUUCGCAACAGCGACAGCGCAAAGAAGUGGAAGAAGGAAUUUGAUGGGAAAGUGUUCAAUACGACGAACCUAGAGAACUGCCAUGUCGUCUUUGUCAAGAGGAUCACGUUUGACAUGCCUGGACAGCGGGUUGGAGAGGCAGCAGCGGCGGCGUCGACGACGGCAGCUGGCGCGGCGGAGGCGGGAGCAGGGCCCUCGUCAUCGUCGUCGACUGCGGCUGUGUCCAACACGCCCAAGCCGUUCCCGCCGCCAGCACCGAACCUGGUGGAGCUACCGACGUGUCCGGUAUGUCUGGAGAGGAUGGAUGAGACCAGCGGACUCAUGACGAUACCUUGCUCCCACGUGUUCCACUGCACGUGCCUGAAGAACUGGAAGGGGUCCGGGUGCCCGGUGUGCCGGUUCACCAACGCGCCACGGGGUUACGAGGGCGACGGCGGCGAGAGGGGCGACCCGACGAACCCGUACAGCCAGCCGUUCGGGGCGUCGGUGUCAAACCUGUGCUCGGUGUGCGACAGCUCCGAAGACCUCUGGAUCUGCCUGAUAUGCGGGCGCGUGGGGUGCGGGCGGUACAAGGGCGGUCACGCAAAGGACCACUGGAAGGAGACGGCGCACAGCUUCGCGCUGGAGCUGGAGACGCAAUACGUGUGGGACUACGCCGAGGACGCGUGGGUGCACCGGCUGAUCCGCAACAAGGGCGACGGCAAGGUGGUGGAGCUUCCCGUGCGGAGCGGUACGAGGGGCGGCCGCCGAUCCAGAGGUCGCGGCCACGGCAACGGCUACGACGACGAUGACGGCGACGACGACAACGACACGGACGGCGACGACGGCGACGUGGUGCCCCGAGCCAAGCUGGAGAGCAUCGGGUUCGAGUACAGCCAGCUGAUCACCAGCCAGCUCGAGUCCCAACGCACAUACUACGAGGAGCAGCUGAAAAAGGCCAUCGACAUGGUCUCGGAGGCGUCCGGGACGGCUGAGUCGGCCAAGCGGUCUGCCGAGACGGCGGCGGCGCACGUGGCCGAACUAGAGGAGAAGCACCGCCGGCUAGCGGACGAGACAGUCCCCCAGCUAGAGCGCGACCUGGAGCGGGAGAGGAGGCGGGCGGCCAAGAGCCAGGACCUGGCGCGCAGCCUGGGCAAUAGCGUCCAGGAGGAGAAGCGCAUCAACGAGGGCCUCGUGGAGCGCAUCCACCACCUCGAGGGUCGGAUGAACGAGGCGCUCAGGCAGGUCGAGGGGCUGAAGGGGGAGAAGGCCGAGCUCGAAGAGAUGAAUCGCGAUCUGACCAUGUUCAUCUCG